CCCACCCGACUUUCCGAGCCGGCGAGCCAGGCGACGCAAAGGGAAGGAGAUGGAGAUGAGAUUUGCGGAUAACUCGCGCGAAAGUAACUCACUUUGGACUCCAACAAGACCGUGUCCUGUUCCUGAGAAAGUGCUACCGAAUCUUAUCUAUAGAGCUCAGAAUUCCCUUUCAACCUCGAAUGCGUGUCCACAACCACUGGCCGUGACCGGAAAGAGUCCAAUUACG